AUGUUCAUUUAUGAAAAAUGGGUGAUAUAUAUAAAUAAUUAUUGGUCGAGGAAAGAAUUAUGGUAUCUAGCUUUUAGAGAUACUACUGUCCAUGGAAAUCAGACCAAUAAUUUUAGUGAAGUUAGUGUACGGCUUUUUAAAGACAUAGUACUCUCCCGAAAUAAGGCAUAUAAUGCCAUUGCACUGGUUGAUUUUAUUUUUACAGGUAUUGAGGAUUACUACUUAAGACGGUCCGAUUGUGGUUAUUAUGAAGUAGAUGUCACUCAUGGUUUUUGUAUUUGUUCCAAAGAAAACUUGCGAGCUUUUUGCAAGCAUCAGGCAGCAGUAUACCAUCAUCAUAAUGAAUCCAUGCCUAAUUUACCAGCUAUUACUCUCUAUAUGCUAGCUAAAUUAGCAUUUGGAGAAAAUGUACCCGAAAGAUCAUUUUAUAAGCCUCCUCAUUUUGAAAAAUAUAAUUGUCAUUUUAGUGAAAAAGCAGCAGAAAUUGUUGAAUAUAAUGAAUCAUUAUUGAGUACUGCUGGUAGUAGUAUAUUACUAAGGCAUCGAUCUCGUGCAACUAUUCAAGUAGAGCCUACUAUGGUAAGUAGAAGAAAGCCAGGCAUCACCAGAGGUAAUAAACGUUUAUUAGUAGGACGACCAGCAAAAAUAGAUAAUAACAAAAGAAAUGCAAUAAAAAGAAAAAGAAAUUUAGCUGAAAAUGUUAAGAGGAAUGUCCCAAAUGCUAAAAGUCAUUAA